AUGGCAAACUCAACGCAGGGCGAUGGGGGCCUCCCCAGCGCGGAGCUCUGGGUCUCCCAUAACUGGAUGGUAGUGGAGCCACUUGAGAGCAACGACCCGGAGGUGCACGCCAUCAUCAAGAAGGAGAAGCAGCGGCAGAGGCUGGGGCUGGAGUUAAUCGCGUCAGAGAACUUUGCGAGCCGAGCGGUCCUGGAGGCCUUGGGAUCCUGCAUGAACAACAAAUACUCUGAGGGUUACCCAGGGCAGAGGUACUAUGGUGGGACGGAGUUCGUAGACGAGCUGGAAAGGCUGUGCCAGAAGCGAGCCCUGCAGGCGUACAGGCUUGACCCCCAGAAGUGGGGCAUCAACGUCCAGCCCUACUCAGGGUCACCCGCAAACUUUGCGGUGUACACGGCCCUGGUGGAGCCCCAUGGCAGGAUCAUGGGGCUGGACCUGCCCGAUGGCGGCCACCUCACCCACGGGUUCAUGACGGACAAGAAGAAGAUCUCUGCCACCUCUGUCUUCUUCGAGUCCAUGCCCUACAAGGUCAACCCCAAGACCGGUUACAUCGACUACGACCAGCUGGAGGAGAAUGCCCGCCUCUUCCACCCCAAGCUGAUCAUAGCAGGUGUCAGCUGCUACUCACGUAACCUGGACUAUGCCCGCAUGCGGAAGAUCGCUGAUGCCAACGGUGCCUAUCUCAUGGCCGACAUGGCCCACAUCAGCGGGCUGGUGGCUGCCGGCAUGGUGCCCUCCCCCUUUGACCACUGCGAUGUCGUCUCCACCACCACCCACAAGACCUUGCGGGGCUGCAGGGCUGGCAUGAUCUUCUACCGCAAAGGCAUCCGCAGCGUGGACCCCAAGACAGGCAAGGAAACACUCUACAACCUGGAGAGCCUCAUCAACCAGGCAGUCUUCCCGGGGCUGCAGGGAGGCCCGCACAACCACGCCAUUGCAGGGAUCGCCGUGGCGCUGCGGCAGGCCAUGACGCACCAGCAGCAGGUGGUCGCGAACUGCAAGGCGCUCUCGGCAGCGCUGAUGGAGCUGGGCUACGACAUCGUCACGGGGGGCUCCGACAACCACCUGAUUCUCCUGGAUCUGCGCAGCAGGGGCACGGACGGUGGCCGGGCUGAGCGGGUGCUGGAGAUCUGCUCCAUCGCCUGCAACAAGAACACAUGCCCCGGCGAUGUCAGCGCCCUGCGGCCCAGCGGCCUGCGGUUUGGGACACCAGCUCUCACCUCCCGCGGCUUCCGGCAGGAUGACUUCCGCAUGGUGGCUCAGUACAUCCACAGAGGGAUCGAGCUGACGCUGCGUGUGCAGAAGGACAUGAGCCCCAAGGCCACGCUGAAGGAAUUCAAGGAGAAACUGGAGGAUGAGAAAUACCGAGAGGAGCUGAAGGCACUGAAGGAAGAGGUGGAGGCCUUCGCAGCGACCUUCCCGCUCCCAGGGCUGCCUGUCCUGUAA